UUGACGUCCACACACACACACACACAACACACACACCUUUGGCCGAACGUGUCGCGAACACUUGAAUGACAUUUAGCCAACGUAGCUAGCACUCGUACGGUAACUUAUGCAUUCAAAAAAAAAAAAAAAGGCGAACGGGACACAAUGUCAGACACUGAGUAGUGGCCGCGGCAGCUGGACUUCGAGCUAAACCCGACGGUGCUAAAGCUAACGCAGCAUGGAAUUCCUCAGGGCCGUAACACCCGUGUUUACCGGUCCCCACCACUGGACGCGUUUCAGGUGCGUCCGGCUCAGGUACUGCUCCCACGCAGCCAAAGCCAGAGUCCCUUCCGAGGAGAGGGGGACGCCUGUCGACAGGUUCAAGACUCGGCUGCCCUCUGGUCCAAGCUUCCAGGAUUUCCUCAAAGGCGUGUCAGUCAGUAAGACUCCUGCUGUGCACGCGGGACACUCGGACACCCCUGCCCACCUCCCCGAGCACCUGGAGAUGGGCAAUUCCAGGAAAGUGUAUUUUGAAACCUACGGGUGUCAGAUGAAUGUGAGUGACACAGAGAUAGCCUGGUCCAUACUGCAGAGGAAGGGCUAUCAACGCACGGUUGAUUUGCACGAGGCAGACGUCGUCCUUCUGGUGACGUGUUCGAUAAGAGAAAAAGCGGAACAGACCAUUUGGAAUCGAUUACAACAGCUAACGUCUAUGAAAAGGAGACGGCUGAGGAGCCACACCCCAAUGAAAAUUGGGAUUUUAGGCUGCAUGGCAGAGAGGCUCAAGACCGAGCUUUUGGAGCGGGAGAAGCUGGUGGAUGUUAUCGCUGGCCCGGAUGCCUACAGGGACCUUCCCCGCCUCUUGACUGUAGCAGACGGAGGUCACCAGGCAAGCAACGUGCUGCUGUCAUUGGAGGAGACCUACGCUGACAUCAUGCCUGUGCACCUUGCUCCUCAGGGAUACAGCGCUUUCGUGUCCAUCAUGCGCGGCUGUGACAACAUGUGCAGCUACUGCAUUGUUCCCUUCACAAGAGGCAGAGAGAGGAGUCGACCUGUCAGCUCCAUUCUCGAGGAAGUUCAAAUGCUCUCUGACCAGGGCGUGAAGGAGGUGACGUUGCUGGGUCAGAACGUGAACAGCUACAGAGACACGUCAGAAGAGCAGUUCUGUGGCUCGGACCUGGCUGCCCUCAGCCGGGGCUUUGAGACGGUUUACCGCACAAAGCAGGGAGGUCUGCGCUUCUCUGACCUGCUGGACCGAGUGUCACGCAUUGAUCCCGACAUGAGGAUCAGAUUCACCUCCCCUCACCCCAAGGACUUUCCUGAUGAGGUUUUGCAUCUGAUUGCGGAGAGAGGGAACAUUUGCAAACAGAUUCACCUUCCAGCCCAGAGCGGGAGCAGCCGGGUCCUGAAAGCAAUGCGCCGUGGCUACACAAGAGAGGCUUAUCUUGAUCUUGUGGAGAACAUUAAGACAAUCAUCCCUGAGGUGAGUCUCAGCAGUGACUUCAUCUCAGGCUUCUGUGGCGAAACGGACGAUGACCACAAACAGACUCUGUCUCUGAUCAGAGACGUGGGCUACAAUGUGGGAUUCCUCUUUGCCUACAGUAUGAGGAAGAAAACCCAAGCCUUCCAUCGACUGCAAGAUGACGUGCCAGCAGAAUUGAAGCAGCGGAGGCUGGAGGAGUGUAUCAGUGUGUUCAGGAAGGAAGCUACGAGGGUCAACGCUGCUCUCGUCGGCAGCACACAGCUUGUCCUAGUGGAGGGAGAAAGUAAAAGAUCUGCCGAGGACCUGUGUGGGAGAGCUGAGGGCAACGUGAAAGUGAUUUUUCCCAAAAAGGAUGUUGUUGUUCCGCCUGAAGAAUCCAACGCUGCAGGGAUCAAUGCUGGAGACUACGUGCUAGUGAAGAUAUUGGCGGCCAACUCCCAGAGCUUGAGAGGUCGAGCCCUCGGUCACAGCUCCCUGAGAGAGACAGUGACACUGUGAGACUCUGCCGAGGCUGCAGGUGGACGAGCGCGUGGCCCCGGACAUAACCGUGGUGGAAACCUGCCUUCGAUUAACACAGGUGACGCCACAGGAAACAAACUCUUCUCUCUGGGGAAAACUGUCACACUUGCUUCUCCUUGCUACACCGAGGCGGUUACUGCAGAAGUUUUUGGUCAAAUCACAGUCACACUGGACUGCUCUGAUGAGCCACGGAGACUACCAUGUGUUAUUUAUACAGCACCAAGAAUGUGCAUGUACAUAUUGAACUGUAGGUUACUGUAACCUAUUUGGAGCAUGCAAAUUAAAACAAGAUUUUUGUUUUGUCAUAA